AUGUACGAUGGCUGGGGAAAAAAAAGGGAAAGCGGCACAACAGGGCUAACGUACCUAGAAAAGCCCGUGGUCACGAAAGUGCUAGAGCCAUCAGAGGAUCUAAGGAACACGCACACAUAUAACGAGAAAAAGGUAUCCAAGAGCCCGAAGAGGUACACCUAAAAAUCCCUGCAGCACCGUAUGCGUGCCCAAAAACUGAACUGCACGUCCGUCCCACCGUUCGACUACAGUAGUAGCAUCACCCCCUCCCUGUCCCACUCUAUACCAAAAUGGAAGAUUUCCGACUACAGCAUACUGCUGUCUGAAGUGUUGUCUG